AUGACUUUUGACAAAAGGACCAAAAUCUCACCAGUUUUGCAGCCGCCACUCGCACGAAGAGCCGACGAAAAACGGAAAAAGGGUUUCGGUUUCAAGAUAUUUGGCAGGAAAAAGAACGACAACACCUCCACGGAACCCUACAGCACUGAUGACGAAGCUUCCUCAAGUUGUCCUCUGACGCCCAGGAGACUGGUUCCGUCAGUGACUGUUGCCUCUGGGGAGGAAAAUCCAGGGUCGGGUCAUUUGGAUGUGCAAUUGCCCGAGACCCUACAAGCCGUAAGGAGGAGUCUGCAGACUCUGGCCGCAGAAGUACACAAUGACAGCAAACGGUUAACAUCUCUUCUUGGCAAGUCCCUGGGCUUGACCAGAACGCCUGGUCUGUCUAAGAACUCUCCACACUUCCUUCCAUCGGCGGAGGAACUGCGUGAGAUCAAACGCAGCAUUCAACUACUGGUGGACGAAGUCAGCUGCGAGAACAAACAUAUCAAGGCGGCGCUUCGAGAGGCGUUGACGGAGCACAAACAACGCGUCCCACCCCGGAUAAGUAUCAAGUCGGCCAGUGAUCCGUCCAGGUCUGAGUGUUGUUCAAGUGAGCCCCCAAGUGUUGCCACCACCGCCGCCGCCACUGCUGACGAUGACGAUGAGGAUGAUCCACCCUCGCUCCAUUCCUUUCUCAUGGACAGUUCCGUUGUUUCCUCAAAUGUUGACAAUUCCUGCAGACAUACCAACCUUCCGGACACGCUGGAUGAAAUAAAAAGGAGUCUUCGGUCUCUUGUGAGGGAGGUACAUUGCGACAACAUGGAGCUUACUUCCAUGCUGCAAAAUUCUUUUUGUGCGCAGAGUUCUCCCUGUAAGAGUAUGACGGAAACAUGUCCUCCACCGGACGAACUAGGGGAGAUCAAGAAGACCAUACAGGAGCUGACGACAGAGGUUCAGGCUGAGAAUAAAAACAUCAAGAUGGCCAUUCAAGACAAAUUAGGUUGCGAACCGCAGUCCGAGUGUCCGCCGGGCACCAGCCAAUCACAGACUUGUCCGCAGGAGUGCUCUCCUUCGGCUUGUCAACCACGGACAUGUUUGCGGCCUUGUCCUCCGCCCGCGUGUGAACCAAAGCCCUGUUUGCCACCUUGUCCGCCGCAGUGUUGCCCUCAGCACUGUCUCCCACCUUGUCCGGCGCCACCACCACCGCCACCACCGGACCCCUCGCCGGAGAUCGAAGCGAUCGAACGCGGCCUGGCUGAUAUCAGGGCCAGCCUCGCCUGUCUCUCUUGCGGAGUUAAGAUGGGUGUCCGUCCGCCGCCUCCGCCUCCGCCCUGCCCGACGGACCCCGCGGUGCUACGCUCUCUGGACGACGUCAGCAGGAGUGUCCAAUACCUGACCGAGGGCUUUCAAGAACUCUGCCGUAGACGCCAGAGCGAGGAGGCCAAGAAGCUAGCGCAGUCAGACAUGGCAACUAUGCAGGCGUUGGAGGAGCUGAAGAGUAGCAUGCGGAACCUGGCCGAGGACUUCCACGACAUCGUCAAACAGCAAAAUGAGGAGGUUCGGUGUCCAGAGCCUGCUUGUCCUCCACCACCUCCAAGUCCCAAUCCAGUCGAUCUGAUGAUGGUACAGGCUUUGGAGGAGCUGAAAUCUAACCUGAAGGGCUUGUCGCAAGAAUUUCACACGAUGUCACAGCGACGUAUGCAGGAACUCAUCAAGUGCGAACCCCCUCCUCCUCCACCUCCGCCCCCACCACCACCGCCCCCGCCACCACCACCUCCACCAUGUCCACCGCCGCCCCCACCACAACCUGAUCCGCAACUGGUGAAGGCGCUGGAGGAAAUAAAGGCAACUGUGGCUGUUAUUGGGAACGGACUGCAGCAGUCGGAUGCCUACCGAACGCGGUACUCGAGUGAUGAGGCCGAAAAGGAUGGGCAGCCUGGAUAUCCGGUGAUUAUGGAAGCCCUGGAGGUGAUGCGAGAGAGCAUUAAGGCUCUAAACAAGGAGGAACCGCCUCUACCCUUGCCACCCCCACCAGAGCCACCUCGCAGCAACAACAGGGAGGUAAUAAACGAGUUGGCGGAAAUUCGCAGAUCUCUGGGCGCUCUGGAACACCAGAAGAAGACACCGCCAGAACCGGGCGUCCUACCAGUGGCCAUUCUGAAUAUGGACAAACAUGGCAGAACAGGUCUGAUGAGUCCUUUUCAAGUACGCGACGCUGGCGGUGAAUCUGCCAGUAGCGAAAGCUCGGACGAGUCGGACAGCGAGUCCCCAAGGCCCCGAAGAAGGUGCCGACGCGCCUCCAAGUGCAAGUUCAAGAAACGCAAAUGCUGCAAGAAUCAGUGUCGUCUAGAUAGGCAGCAGAACUGCAAUGUCAUGGAGGAUAUUGACCGUAAACAGCUGCAGUGUAAGAUGUCAAAAAUGAAUGACAGGGAGUGUAAACAGCUAGCACGCAUUUUGGACGUUCUGGACGGUGGGGAGGAGAUUGACAGGGAGGAUGAGGAGAUCCUACGCGAGAUUAAGCGUUCCCAGCAGGGCUUUCCAGACUGUGGCCUGCAAGAUGCCAUGGGGGUCCCUCCGACGGCUUGGAGACAGUCGGUAGCACCGCCAAUGCAGCCGCCCCCGCCUAUACCCAUGAUGCCUCGAUGGUACCCUUCGAUGCCGCCAAUGCCAAUGCCAAUGCCGGGUUCCUUCGCGCCGAACUCUGGCAUGCCAAAGUCGUUCAUGCUGAGCUUUGCAGAGGGCGGAAAGGAGUGA